ACGAUAUGAUAAACAUGCGCUCCUUCGGCUUCUGUGAGCGAUUCGCAGCUGGAUAAUGUAUAGCACUGUGGGUACGUACGGAGGACUAGUAAGAUUGUCUUACCGCCUUGUCGGGCAUUCUCGGUCAUUUUCAUUGCAGAAUUUCUUCUCAGUCAAGCCUUGAUCGCCGCUCUCUAGAUGAUCUGGUAAUAUCAGCAGAUUUUUGGAAGCCGUCUGACACAAUGGCGUUGAGGAACGGGGGUAUUUUGCCGUGUUUUACAACCCGCGUUGUCGCGAUCGUCGUCGUUUUCCUGUGCAGACAUUCCGUGGUCGAAUGUCAAAUCGGCAGCAUGUCAUACGGUCGUUGCGAGCCCAUCACCAUUCCGUUGUGCCAGGAUGUCCCUUACAACGAGACGAUCAUGCCGAAUUUACUGAACCACCAGCGACAGGAUGAAGCCGGUUUGGAGGUCCACCAGUUUUACCCGCUUGUCAAGGUACAGUGCUCCGUGGAUCUCAAGUAUUUUUUGUGCUCUAUGUACGCACCCUUCUGUGCUAGGAUCCCCGAUCAUCCUGCUCUCCAACCCUGUAAAUCGCUCUGCCUCAGCGCCCGUAGCGGCUGCGAGGAACUCAUGAACAAAUUUGGUUUUUCCUGGCCUGCAAGCCUAGACUGUGAACAGUUCCCCGAAACUGGUCUGUGUUUUGAUCGCAAUCGAACAACGGACAAAUACACCAUACCGCCCACGACACCACCUAAUGUGACAAAAAUUCCCCCUACCACGUCAAUCGUCAAGAACGUUCCCUUCUCUUGUCCGAAGGAGCUCAUGGUAGAUCCGGAUUGGGAGUAUGAAUUCAUGGGUGCCAAGAACUGCGGAGCCCCUUGCCACAUGUACUUCAACAAUACUAGUGAGCAAAGAUUUGCCCGCAUUUGGAUUGGGUCCUGGGCAUUCCUUUGUGCAUUUUCAUCUCUUUUUACCGUCUUGACAUUCCUCAUUGACCGGACCCGAUUUAAGUACCCAGAACGUCCAAUCAUCUUCCUCUCUGGAUGCUACUUCAUCAUCUCUGUUGUCUACAUCAGUGGGUUUUUCCUGUCGGACAAGGUGGCCUGCAACAAACCCACUGCACCAGGAAGACUCUGGACCAUGACGCACGGAGCCAAGCGAGAGGGAUGCACCAUUCUUUUUAUGUUACUCUACUACUUCCGCAUGGCAUCAUCACUUUGGUGGGUCAUCCUCAGCUUGACGUGGUUCUUGGCCGCUGGGAUGAAAUGGGGCCACGAGGCCAUCGAGCGCAACUCGCAGUAUUUCCACUUUGCUGCCUGGUCCAUACCUGCCAUCAAGACCAUCGUCAUCCUUGCAGUCGGGGAAAUCGACGGUGAUCCUUUGGCUGGUGUCUGCUACACGGGCGUCUCCAACAUCAACGCUUUGCGGGGAUUUGUCCUUGCCCCGCUCUUUGUCUACUUGAUCAUCGGCUCCAUAUUUCUGCUCACUGGAUUUAUCGCGCUGUUCCGCAUCAGAACUUUCAUGAAGCAGGAUGGGAACAAGACGGACAAACUCGAGAAGCUGAUGAUGCGCAUUGGGUUAUUUUCCGUGUUGUAUACACUCCCGGCCUCUGUCGUCAUCGGAUGUUAUUUCUAUGAGCAGUCCAACCACGCCCGGUGGCAGGUCCAGUGGGUAAAGCAAAACUGUGCAAUGUACAGCUUCUCUUGCUCGUUCCAAAUGGCCGAACACAUGUACAUCACAGACCUACCUUAUCCAGACUUUCUAGUCUACAUGAUCAAAUAUCUCAUGCUGUUGGUGGUCGGAAUCACCAGCGGCGUUUGGAUUUGGUCUGGCAAAACUGUUCGGUCAUGGUCAGUAUUUUACAGCAGGAUUUGUUCAAUAUUUCAGCCCAAGCAACUGCCAACAAACGUAUGAUGUGAACUGUUAUUGCAAUUGCUUUUGAAACAGACUUUGAGCCCUGGGAUAAACCGUGUGUCAUUAACAGCAUAGUGUAGUCGAUAAAGCCAAGCUUUUUGUCAUCGACCAACCUGCAGACAGCGUGUCGGUGUUGAAAUCGUUUUCAAUGGACAGGUUGUCAUGACGUUUUGGGUCAGAACUGUGCGUAUAAACUUAACUUGACUGCAUGUAGGUGUGACAUUGUGACAGUGAGCUUGCGUGAAAACUUUAGUGUUGUAUAGCGUCCUGGACAACAAAGGCACCCACCACCGGUCCUGGACAAAAUACCAGGUGGGUGGAAAUUUUGUAAAUAUGCUGUAAUUUGUGAACAGAAAUGUCAAUGUAUAAAUGCUUCAUUUUGUGCCGGAGUUGUACUUCUACCAAACUGCAGACAUUGUGUAGCUGUAUGUGUUGUUUGAUUAAGUGUUGGCUCAAAACUGUUUUAUGAGGAUUGUAAAUCUUUGUUUUUAAAUGAUAAUUAUUCAAUCAGACAAAUGGUACCUUGCUUAGAGUUCACUCACUGGUAUACCAGAUCAUGAGAUGACAAAAUUGAAAAUCUGUAGUUUGCAUUAUUAAACUGGUUAAACUUGCAGUGAAAUUACUGUGACUGCAUGUGACUUGUGUUCAAAGUCCAAGUGUAGAGAGAAUGUAAAUGGAGCUCAUCGUGAAUGUUAAAUAUUAAAAAGGGCUAACUUAAUGUAAAAUGUCAGUUCACAAACAAAUGAUGUAAUUUGUUCACCAAAAAGUAUGGAUGUAGAUGCGCAAGCAAGAAACAAAGUUGUAUCUGUGAAUACCGGUGGAAACAACUUGCAAAGCAGCAUCAAGAGGAAUGGAGAGUUAACAGAUAUUUGGAGCUCCUUUAUUGUUGCAGGCUGUGAUAAAUCAGUAGAACCUCAGCUCUUAAGUUUGUGUUGGUCCCUGAAUCUCGGCAUCAUUCAUCAAGAGAUCCUGGGACCCAGUGUUGUGACAAAAGUCCUUGAAGAAGGGAUAGAUCCUCACUCUGGGUGCAUUGAGAGCAGACAAGGGGAGCUACAUGUAGUGCCAACUGCUACACAAACUGUCUGGUAUGCUGCACCAUGUGUGAUUAAUGACAGACUUCGAUAAAUACUAAUAGCCAAAACCUGUUGUGGAAGGACCUUUGAAAGGACCAAUGUACAUGUACAGUAAAUGCAGCAUGUGUUUUGUUACCAGUGUUGGAACAUACCAUGGAGGAAUGAUCAUACAAAUUUCAGGACUGUUUGAUGGCCACCACCUUCAAUGAAUCACCCGUAUAAUGUGCUGUGUAGAUCAGUGGUGUCACUCUGUCAGGAAAAUAUUUCUUCACUGUUCCACCUGUUAAACAGAAGAAUAACAGUGAAAAGGAAUUCCUCAUGCCACACUAGCCACACUGUAAAAUCAUACUUCAUUUGUAUUUGUUAUGUAUUGUGUAUUUUCUUCAUUUUGUUUCUGACCCUUACCAUGACUGUUUACCUAAAAUAAUCUAAUCUAAAAAAAAUCUCAAACUACUCUCCACACAACAUGGAUGAAUUUGAACAUCCAUUCUACUGUGAUUUAAUUUUCAUAUGGCAUAGUCCCACUGUACAUCAAAGGGAUACUCCAAAGCACUUCAUCACAGGUUGAUAAGACUGGAUAUUUUUCUUGGAAGGUUGAGAACAUGGCAUUUAAUCCUCCAUCAAUUUAAAAUAUCAAAAUAAACCCACCAGUGUUGAUAUUAGAGCAAAAAUACAUCACUCAUUUCCUGUCACUGGUUUAUUAUCAAACCAGCUCGUCGAAAUGUGCCACUGAAAUAGUAUGCAUGAGUGGAAUAUGCAUGGAAUGGCAGCAAACAAUCCAGUGUUUGAACAGAGAACUCUAACUCCAAGCACCUCCAUAAUGCCAAACCACUCUGGUACAGGAUUACUAGGGUACAAAGGUCGUCCUCCACAGUGCAUCAUGUGUAGUUGGUUUGGGCACAGAGUUUAAAAUGAAUUCCACCUGGACAAACUCCAAAAUGACCUCACCUCUGUUCAUAUCACCCCAGCGUUGUCAGACCCAUCCAAAUUUAAGAUCGGUCAACUAGUCCUCAAAAGGAAUUCAGGAGACAUUCAUUUGACUGAACCCAUUCCCCCCCCCCAAAAAAAAAUUGUCCUUGGGCUAAAGCAAGUGUAUUAAAGUUCUCGUUCCUCACUGUGGAGUAAAGCCUUACAUUCUGAAGUACUGGUCGCAUCAAAUUGUGCCAUUAUUUAUCAUCAGAUUAAUCGUCAACACUUUCAAAGCUAGUGUGUUGUAACUUGGUGGGAGCUAGGCACAGGAUGUAAUUUUAUGCAUCAUGGACAUGCGUCAGAAUGUCAUUUAAGUUAAUAUUUCAAAGAUUCACGGUUCAUCAAAGAUGUAGUUCAUUCCAAUAUGAUAAUUGUCAGAAUUUGGUUCAACUGUCAAUGUGGCAGGCAUUCCCGUUAUACAUUAGUGUGAAGUGUUGCCCUAUGUACAAGAAAAUGUCCGCCUUCUUGGAGCAGAAUUUGAGGUAGACUGGUCAUGGUGUUCAGUUAAACCAACAGGGAAGCUAGCUUUUUUUUUCUCCUGAAGAACUCAUUAUCUAAAUUGUCAAGAGAAACAGAUUCGGAGUGGUGACCUUUUUCUUUGAGGCCAUUGCCCUGCCUACUAGGGAGAUUGAGGGGAGAUUCCAUACCCUCAUUCCUGCAACUUCUCAAACUUCAAAUUCCCAUCACCUGUGCCCAAAUUGACAUCAAUCUCCCCUUGAAUUUUCUGCAGAGAGAUCAAUUUCACAGGUCUCAGGGGCUGUAGCUCUGGCGAGGAAUUCUUUAAAGGGCUGUGCAGAUGCUCUCCCAUCAUGCUGUGCAAAUGUGAAUUUCUCUGGCCCAUCAUAUUUCUGCGCUUGGGCCCCUUUUCAGGAGUGUCACGAUUUCGCAAGGCCCCUUUAAGUUCUGCCUGAAAUCUUAUGAAUUUUUUGGGGUUGCUGACAGCUCUUUCAGCUCAUGUCAUGAACAAGCCUGCGUUUGUUGAUGUUAACUAUUGGCUUUUUUUAAAGACUUUUUUUAUGGGACAACUAACGAACAUUGUGCUCAAGACUCCUUUGAGAAAAUAAUACUUGUGCCUAGAACCCAGGAAAAACCUGUGGAAAAAUUGAAGAAUGAGGAAUUUGGGCUUGAAAUAUUUUCCGCAAGUCACUGUUGGAAAGUUCCGAAUCCACAUGAGCAACUACGUGUAAUAGCAUUUUGAGAAUGUAACCAAAUAGGUGAUUAAUUAAAGCAUGAAGUAGUUAUGGAAGAUUUCACAUUUAUAUCCAAAGUAACUUUGUUUUUGAAUUUCUCCAUGUUGCACGUAUGUUACUACCCACCUUGAAGUUGAACGCGCCGUUUCAAAGCCUGAAGUGGCUCUGGUACUGAAUGUGUACACUGGCAUUGGGCAUUGUAGGUGUUGUGAAAUAGGGCAUUUUUACAUAAAAGCAAGUGACUGUUUCAUAAAUGCCUGGCAGUGUUCACUUUGAAUGAUCUGUUGUAAACAUGGCAUAAAAAGCUCUAAACAUAGCAUCAACCGUGCUUCUACAGUACACAUGCAUGUUUUUAAGUCCUUACAAUUGAGACAAUACGAAAUUUGUCCAAGAGCUUGCUGUGCUCUCUCAGAAGUAAACUAACAGCAUGGUGCUUAGAAAACCAGACAGGUUCAUUAUUUAUCCUUGCAACCACCAGAUUAUCCCAGACUUUUUUGCAGCCCAAAAUGGACUGAUUCUGUCCCAUUCGGUGGCUUGUGAUUUUACCUGUUACUGCUAUUUUUCAAACAGUAAGAGUAGGGUUUGGUUUCAUUUUGAAAACAAUUAUGAUUUGUGUUUGGUAAUUUUCAUUCAUUGCACUUCAUUGUUUAUCAACCCUAUUUUGUAUAUGAUGUUUUGUACUGAACAGUACCUCAACCUAGCUAAGCUGUGCUUUCAUUUGUCAUUAGAUUUACCAUUCAUGCAUGAUGCACCACUGCAGGAUAUCCAAUCCAAAGGAUAUCGCUGUAUGUCAGCUACUAGUAUGCACAAAGGUUUCAUUUAUACUGAUGUUAGUGUAGCACUGGAAUAAUGAUUGUCACAUCUAUCAUGCCUGUGCUUUGUACAAAAUGUGUUUUUGUCACUGAAGUAAAAGUAAUAGAUUUAUUGAGGUGGAUCAGUAACUAAAAAAAAGUCUUAUAUUAAAUGUGCAUGUUGGGAAUCGGUACCAGGCUCACAUUACUACUACUAGGCUUGAAGGCAUGUCUCUGGAGAAAAAAUUCUGAAUUCAGAAAACAUUUUGUUGUAAAAACAUCUUCACCUGAAUUUGCAUUACUGUGUAAUAUUAUGCGAAUACCCUCAAUAAGAUCUAUUUUUAGAUUAGUCAUGUUUUCCAGACCAUCCGUGACCUGAACAACAAUACUUCCAGCCAGGUGUGACCAGAAACUUGUCGCACCUUUUUUUCAGAGACAGGUUUGCCAGUAAAUUUUGGAAAUCGUUUCUCUCUGCUGAGCCCCUGGAUUCAUUGUGAGGCAGUACCAUACAUACGUGUAGUUUGUCUCUCAAGAAUCCAACCCCAGGCAAGGGGUAUGGUGUUUACCCUGGUGUAAUGUGUUGUUUGAGAUGGACUUCACAUUUCCAGUCUGUUUUCAUUUGUAAAUUAUGGACUCAUCCUAAUGGUUGCAGAGUUUGAAAAUUCCAGAUCAGUUGCAAUGCCUGAAAGGUAGUUUUUUUAAUGUGAGUGUUUUAUACCCACGUUUUUCAUCUUUGUAAUUUAAAGACUAAUCCAAAUCCAAAGCAAUUCAUAGGUUCUUCAAAGCUGAGGGUAUUUCGGAAUUCUAUACAGCUCUUAUUAAUACUGCACUAGUGAUCACCAAGGGUAAAUUUUUUAUGUGUUUGUGUCUUCAUGUCCCACAACGGCACAGUCAAAUGGCAAAGGGGCAUUAAGGUCUGUUGCUGUGCAUAAGUAAUGAACCCAAAAGCUAUCAAAGUGUAACAAAUGCAUAGCUCCGAGGUUCAUGUGAGGGGAAAUUGCGUCCAUGGCCUACAUAGGUCACAAUCAAUUUUUAGAAUAGAAUUGAUGCUAAGAGAAGAAUAUUUCACUUCAGUUGUGUUAAAUGCCAAUUUUAUGGUGCAUCGUGAAUUUGAGCCACAAAAAUACACAUUUUUUUUCAUUUUUGAAAUGUAAAAAGAAAUUGAUAUCCCCAAAUAACCAUACCAAAACAGUCUGUAUUAAAGUGAAGUUUUUCCCUGGUUUUAUUUGUAGAAACGGAUGUUUGAAUUUGGAAAUGUUUUACAUGUGUGUCCUUUGUUCUGCUGUACCAGCUCGGUUAAAGCUGCUUUGCCAAUGAUUAAGUAUUGUACAUUGCUGUAAAAAAUAUUGCAUCUGUGUAUUUAAUCAGAACAGUAUUUUACAAUAAAAGAACAUGCUGUUGACAAAUGUUCAUUUGCUGCCCUCCCAGAGCCUUGACUUUUUACCUUCUUUGACCACUGGUAGUGUUUAUCUGUAGUUUAUAAAUGCAGUGAAUCAAGUAAAAUCAAAACAAGAUUAGUGGAGCCACUGUACAUGUGCACACAAAAAUGUGCACAAGUAAAAUGAAGGCCCUGCUUCUGGCAUGCUAAUGCAAGUCAAUACUUGUAGGUUAUUGGUCCACAUCAAAUUGCUGUGAAGUCUGCCAUGUCUUACAUGUACAUUUACAUGAAGUUUCUCCCUGUUUGUCCACACUUUGACAAGAACACAGUUAUUGCUCUGAACUGUCCUUUGUGAACAGACGUCCUGUUUAACUUCAUGUCAGUUUAACCCAAGCAUUCAACAGUAAACAGGAACUUACACCCAGUGUUAAUCUGUCAAUAUCUUGAUCAUCAAUAGCAUGCCACAAUUUUAUACAAGAUAUUUAUACUGAAGAGAGAAAAGCUUUAAGUUUGAAAGCCUUCUGCCACUGCCAGGUCUUGGGUUUUUCUUAAUUGUACAAUAAGCUUCCACAAAACAUUUCAUGUACGGUGUAUAUGUUCUUGCUGGACGCUGUAUGAAGCUUUUAACCCUUAUGUUAAGACAUUUUUGUGCCUCCUGAGACCUUUGUGGUUAAACAAAUGUCUGAAAAAUGCAGAUAAUGGUGCACAUAAGAACAAUUUUCCUCACAGUAUCUUGCAUCAGUGUCGUGUUCACGUUUGUUAUUGUACCAUUGAUUUAAGAAUGAGCCCUUCCCUAAACAUGCCACAGACACUCCUGAAAUAUUGCGACAAAACCAAGGAAGUGGGACUACCAGCAAAGGUUACUGAGAAAUCCCUCAAGUUUGCCAGUAUCCCAUGCACUCAUUCAUUGCAAACUCCCACCACUUCAAAUUAGCUGGAAGCCUUUGUCGGGUGGCCAGCUACUGUAAGGAAGCCCAUUGCUUGCCAGAACAAGGCUGCCCCCCUCAAAAAUUGCGCUAUUCACAAUUUAUCACAGGUCGGUCGGGGGCAUUGUCAGGUUUUGUUUAUCCAAGCGGAGUUUGCAGAAUGAUUCACAUGCUUUCUGGCAGGCGGGCGUCUUUUUGGCCAAGGCCUGUGCAGCCCAAAGGUCGUAACCUGUAAAAUUGGUAAUUUGUCAUGGCAUGUCUCAAAAUGCUGUCUGGAUAUUGCAAGGAAGAUAAAGAGUGGAGAGCAGAGGCCCAGCAGGACUGAACAUUUGCCACAUAGUGGGCGGAUUGUUUGCACAAUUAUAUUAAUGUAUGGCUCACUCUCAAAGAAUAUCUCACAGCUUAUGGGGCAUUGUCCAUAUACAAUGGAAGAAAAUGUUUAUUCCACCUGGUGGAUCAGGUGGGGAAAAAAAUGUGCGAACUGUACGCACUUUAUCACAAGACUUUUCGUUAUGAAAACAAAGAAAUUCAUUGAAUUUCUGCCAUGGAUAUAAAUUUCAGUGAGUGGAUGAUUUUGCUGCUGCACACACACACGAAUUGAAACUUUGUAUAAAGCCAGGUAACUAACACAAACAAUCCAUAUUUGAUACAGACUGUCCCACAUCUUUGGCGUUUAAAACCAUUGUCAUUUAGUGUCGUAGACUGGCAGAUGUUUUUUAAACGAAUACUCAAAGGGUCGUAAUUUGAACAAUUUGUAACCGUGUUGUAGCAUGGCCAUGGCUGCAGUUGAGACACUGCAUUUGUCACCAGUGGUUUCCCUAGGAAGUGGGGUGAACAAUGACAAAGGAAUGCCUUUGUCGUGCAUUCCCAUGAGCACAGUGAGACUGAAUGGUGUGUGAAGGACUUGUGAAGCUUUCCUGUUCGUAGUCUUUUGAUCAAAGUAAUAGGUAUCCAGGACUGACCACAAGGUUCUUAUCUUUAGAAUGUAAUUCAGAAAGAAAUCAUUCACAUCUCAUGAUUGAAGUACUUUGUGUUGUACUACAUGUACACGUACGAAAAUGGGCAAGUGUACCUGGUAUAUCGGUACUAAUAAUUUUCAAACUCACAUCUGUGGGUCAGGAAAAAAAUCUAACGUGGCCUUACUUAGAUUUGUUAAAUUUUAACCCUGGAGUUACAGUAUGCUAUCUCAUGCAAUUACAUGUACAACUUUAUAAGCAGAUCAAGUACAUGGAUUCUGUACUAAACUGUAACAUCACUUAUAGAUGCUUGAGUGUAAAGAAAUGUCCAUGCAAAUGUAUUUCAUAUGUUGUGAACUUGUACAUAAUGUAUAUGUUUGUGUCAUUGUGCCAGCACUGCUCAAAUGUAAAAUACUGUACUUGGAGAAAUCAUUCUUGUAACCUUUCUUUAGGUUUGUGUAAAUCACCUGUAUAUGUAUAUUUCUAACAGUGCACUCACAUAGAUAAUAAGUAUAAUAGCUUGCUUAAAUUGUGUCUGAGAAGAACAGUAGGAAAAAAUUGGGUGUAAAAAAAUAACAAUUUCAGGUGAUGCAGUAUUGUAAGGAGGUUGGGAGUACUGUACGUAGAUUCUUGAACGACCAAUACUUGGAUAGGUCAAGUACAUGUACCUACAAAACAAAAAUUCAAUGUAAUGUAAAGCACUGAUUGUGUGACUAGAAGUGAUUGUGUAAACACAACAGGUGUUAUCUUGUGUUUCUCAUUAUGUGUUGGGAGUGAGGGAAAGCACAUAAAUGACCCACAUGUAUCCCUCAUUUGUCCAGUAUUACUGCAGGUGAAGGUUGAAAAAUCUUUAGUAACAGUGAUACAGUGAACAUAUGAUGAUGCCCUUAACUUAACCAACGUUAAGUUUUGUUUUUGGAUGAUUCAGUGACAUGCCCUGUUCUCCACAAAACAUGAAUGCUGUCAUGCCUGUUUGUCACAGAUGUAUCUGUUCAUAUUUUAGACUUAAUCUGUUGGUUCUCAUUUUUGCUAAGCUUUUACCAAAAUGAUAUUCACCAAAUUCUGUGCACAUUUCCUGGGUGAAACUUCAACGUGAUUGUUACCACUGUUGAUUUUUUUCAAAUCAUCUGUGCUGAUGGGAUUUGGUGCACGUACAUACGAGCACAAGGGAAAUUACUGUUCUAAACUACCCUAAACAGUUUGUGAAAGGAGUAAUAUUACUUAUGCACCAUGCAGCACAGUUGUUGAACCAAAUUCCUUGGAGUUUAAAACAGGUUACUAUAAACUGUUGCUUUGAAAUCAUGCUUAUUUAUAAUUUUCUUAAGGUUUUGAUAUAAUGUAACAUUUAUGUUAUAAUAUAUUUACCAGAGAUGUUUUGUUGGCCAUACUUUCCAAGAUGUUCCUGUUCAUUUUAAUUUAUUUGUGAAGCCACCUUUUUGAUCACUUGAAGCAUUGCAUGUGAUUUUGGGGGAACUUGUUGAUUCUCAUGUAAAUUGCAAAUUGUGCUUCAUAAUUCUCAAUGGUGUAUCAGAGGUGUUCCAAAUUAACAAAGUAUACAAUGUACUUGUAAUUAAUUAGAGGCCAGUCACAAAAGUGGUAAUUAAAAGUGUAUUGUUACGGUAUGUAAACUGGCCUGUACAGUGUAGUGAGAUAUGCUGCCAAAAUGUGAUGAAUAAAAGCUGUUGUAAUGGCUCCUUUUUUCCAAAUAA